AUGGAACGACGCUUGUUGGUUUUACGUGACAUGUUGCCAUUGUCAACCGUCAAUUCUACCUUUGGAAUGCAAACACAGCAUACCGGUCGUAACGAUCCAAGUAUCGUUCCAAGUCCACAUUCUUCGUUGUCAUCAUCUCCAUCUGCAUUACUCGCUUCGACACAGCAGCAAAAGAACAUUUCAUUAUUGAAUAUCGACCUUCAAACACUCUGUCAACAUUAUUGUCUUACAAUUCCUUGUACGACAACUAUAAGAAGCUUGAUCGACAUCAUCUGGCGUGAUAUAACUUUUCAUGAUGAACAUUACACUCAAGAAUCGCAUAUUCUUCUUCUUUUCAAUCCGCGACUUCAUAUAUUCGUUCAAAGUAAUCCGAAAGAACUGGUUAACGAUUUUCUUUCAAUUCUGAAACGAUCUUCCACGAAUCAUUACACAGAUUUCUAUAUUUAUGGAUUACCUAUCGAGGCCAAUGGUAAGAUGUACGAUUUUGAGAGUGAUAUUUAUACUGUUCUAAGAAAUGCGGAUUCAUGGCAGCCACUUUAUUUCAACGAUUGCAAACAAUUACCUCGACCGCAGAGCAUAUUUUUGAGUAGCCUGUUUGCACUUAAACAAUAUUUCAAACCAGAAGACAAAUUAACAGGCAUACGAGCCGUAAUGGAAGCGCAAUUCUUUCUUCUAUUGAGAAAAUGGCUCUUUCCCCCGGCUAUUCUCGCAUUGAAACAUGCCAUUGAAGGUUCGAUGUUUUGGUUUGAAAAGGCUUUAAUCAUGGAUGCCUUGCUACAACUAUUGAAAUUAAUGUGUCCUGAACGAGUUUAUUCUCAGGAACUGUGCGACUUCAUACCAUUUCUAUUCAGCUGGCUUCUGGAACAAUGCGAUCCGACUAUUAAGCAAGAAGAUUGGUUUCAAUUAAUUCAAUUAAUUGAUUCGAACAAGAAUGAACGAUCCUAUUUUCAAAAUCCCGUUACAACAUCAAAAGCCAAACGGAAAGCACUCUUUUUGGAAGAGUUCGAUGGGAUUCACUCUCAUAAUGAUGUACAACGACAUGUCGAUAUUCGUUCUUUAACGCUUUACUUGACAAAAACGACAAAUCAUCGUUCCAAUUUUGCAUGUCAAUGCGAUCAUUAUGCUAUUUAUGAUUCGAUCGAUAUUAGUUCGUCUAUUAUGAAGAAACCUGCGCGUUGGACGCAAGUGGAAAUGGAUAAUCAUUACGAGACUAUGGCCCACAAAUAUCCAUGGCUUAUGAUUAUAACGCGCGGUGCCUUGAAUGCAAAUGUGAACAAUCAACUCGCACUAUUGAACAAUGAUCGAACGGUAUCACUUGUUUUCUCUCCACAAAAAGUCAUGCGUCCGCACUGCGAGACACGACAGAAUGCGGUGUACUUUUUUCAUAUUUUUGAUCCGUUUCGAUGUUCGAAAGUGACACCAUAUUUAACAGUCGAAGCCAACGAGUUCGUCAAUGAACAACAGGAUAUGCCGGAUCCUCGUCUUCCCGUCUAUUUCAAUUCUAAUUUGUGCGUUGAGCCCACUAUCCAACCAUUUUCAAAUAGAAAUCCGAGCCAACCAGCGCACCAAGUCACAGUUAUUCUACUUGAUCAUAGUCAAUCAAUGUACAAUUGCAGAAUUGUUUCUCCAGAUGGCACGAACGAAUUGACUCACAUUGAUAUGGCAAAAGCGAUGUUGGGCAUAUUGAACGAUAAUUUAAUUUCGGCAAUCGGAGUUCAUGUAGUUGGUCUUGUCGAAUUUGCUACUGAAGUCAAAGUGACAUGUUCGAUUACUCGAAAUCAUGACGAAUUCGAAAAAGCACUCGAAUCAGUUGUCGACAAUCGUGAAUGGACAUGUAUGUACGACGCUCUUAAUGUAGCGAUAUGUAUGAUAAAAACAUUUGUAAGCAGUCCUCUUCGAGCAGAACGAAACUGUCGAAAACUUAUUAUUUGCCUAUCCGAUGGUAUCAAUAAUCAUGGUGAAACAACAAUCGAACAGUUACACAAGUUGGUCAAACGAAAUAAUGUCGUGAUCGAUUUUGUAUCAUUCUUACGAGAUAAUCAAAUGAAAACUUCUAUGGAAAUUCGUACUGUGCAAGAAUUUCGAGUAUUAUGCGAGAAAUCUGGCGGUUAUAUCUAUCGAAAUCUUCGUCUUUUAUCAAAUAUUGAACUAGCAGCCAUGUUCGAGCAAGAGGCUGCCGUGUCGCUUUCGAAACGCGCCUGGACAUCGCAUGGCGUUGUUGACAAGCCUGAACGCCAUGUUCCUUCGAUGUUAGAAGAAGAAGCAGUUGAUAAUCCGUUGUUGAAAGAAAAUCCGAACCAUCUAUCUCGAAUACGUCGUAUUUUAAAUGAGAUCAAUGAAAUUAAGAGUCAAAUCUUUGAAAACAUAAUUGUUUAUGUUGUACGUAGUAGUAUCGAAUUUUGGAAAGUGAUUUUGAAAGGACCUUCUCGUACACCUUAUGAAAAUCGAUACUGGAUGGUUUAUGUCGAAUUCAAUCCACGCUAUCCGAAUUAUGCGCCUGAUGUUCGCUUUCACAAGCCAAUCUACCAUGUAAAUAUCAGCGGUGAUGGAAAGAUUUGUCAUCAGAUCUUCGAUCAAGCCUGGUCUAAAAACACAAAGAUGAUCGCCGUAUUCGAGAAUAUUCUUGAUUUACUCAAAACACCCAAUUUCACCGAUGCUAUGUCGAUUGAAAAGGCUGCUUUAUAUAGAGAUAAUCCUAAUGAAUACGGGAAGCAAGCAAUAGAACAUUCGCGUAAAUAUGCGAAACAUGCGGUAGAAGACUUGAAACGCGAAUAUAAACUUGAAUGUGAUCAAUAA